CCCUAUAAAGAUGCCUCGAAAUAUAAUUACGCGUCGUGACGGUUUUCAAAAAGUUUGGCGUGGAUUAAUCCUUUCCGAACAAUUAAUGCCUAAAGGAAAAGUCAAAAUAAAUUGUGUAGUAAUCCGUGGAAUAAACGAGAAAGAAGUAAUUUCCUUAGUAGAAAUUGGAAGAGAAUUAUCAUUUAAUAUUCGUUUCAUUGAAUUUAUGCCUUUUGCUGGCAAUAAUUAUGAAAUGAAGAAAUUUGUGUCCUAUAGAGAAAUGUUAGAAAAUAUUGGGAAAUAUUAUGGAGUUGAAAAUAUUGAAAGAUUAACUGAUGGACCUAAUGAAACUAGCAAAGUAAAAUUUUAA